AUACAGGACGCUAACAACACGGACGGUCGCUGCGUUUCCGGUUCUGCUCUUCCUCCCCCCCCCGCAAAAAAGCGCUACGGUCCCUCCGCGGCGGCAGUGACAACAACUGUAAAGUGAAAAAAGGACAAAUCGCGUGUUCUCCGCUGGCUCGUGUCGCUCGUUCUCCCCCGCCACCGUGUUUCCGCGUGUCGCGGUCCCCAGCCCGCGAGGGAGCGGAUGACGCGGAGCCGAGCUGCUAGUCUGCUGUUAGCAGGAGUCAAAAUGGCGCCUGUCUGCCCGCUCGACACCGCCGCUCGUUUAAUCCACCUGUGAUUAUCUCCUGCUCGACUCGACGACCCGCUGGACAGUUUCAUCGUGUUUCUGGUUUUCAUAACUGCGACGCGCUCGCGCUCGGCGUCAUGUCGGACUCGGAGGAGGACAGUCAGGACAGGCAGCUGAAGUUCGUAGUGAUUGGAGACGGUGCGUGUGGGAAGACAUCACUCGCCACCAGGUUUGCACAGGAGGCCUUUGGGAAGCAGUACAAACAAACCAUCGGCCUGGAUUUCUUUCUGAAGAGAAUAAGCCUUCCAGGCAAUUUGAAUGUGACGCUGCAGGUGUGGGACAUUGGAGGCCAAACGUUAGGCGGGAAAAUGCUGGAUAAAUAUGUAUACGGAGCUCACGGUGUUCUCCUGGUGUACGACAUAACCAACUACCAGAGUUUUGAGAAUCUGGAGGAUUGGUUCAGCAUGAUGAAGAAGGCCAACGAGGAAUCUGAUAUCCAGCCUGUUGUCUCCUUGGUGGGGAACAAAAUCGACCUGGAGCACAUGAGGACAGUGAAGGCUGACAAACACCAGCGCUUCUGCCAGGAGAACAGCCUCAUCAGUCAGUUUGUAUCAGCCAAAACAGGGGACUCGGUUUUCCUUUGUUUCCAGAAGGUGGCUGCUGAGAUUCUCGGUGUGAAGCUAAACAAAGCAGAAAUAGAGCAGUCCCAGAGGAUCGUGAAGGCUGAGCUGGUGAACUACCCACAGGAUGAAGGUCCAAUUAGUCAAGAGAACAACCAGCAAAGCAAAAUAUGUUCUGUCCAAUAGCUGGAACGCGUGGUGAAGGCAGACAUUGUGAACUACAGUCAGGACACCGUGGCCAGGACAGUCAACCCGCCGCGCAGCUCCAUGUGUGUGGUGCAGUGACACCCCCCAACACACGCACGCACGCACACACACACACACACACACACACACACACACACACACACACACACACACACACACACACACACACACACACACACACACACACACACACACACACACACUUCAGCCAGUAUUCCUUAUUGCAGGAUUUUCGGAGUGUGUGGAUCAGAUGUGUGUUCCCUGCAUUACCGUGUGCCAGUUGUUCGGGUGAGAUGAGGAACAGACUGUGUGGUUUCGAGGCCUUCGCCUGUUGUUCAGAUAUUUAGCAGGAAUGAUUUCUAGGACCGUUCACUAACAAAGGAAACAGGACCUCAUUAUUUUUUUCCAGGUUUACACGCAGCUAUAAUUUUAUUUCUGUGAUGUAUUUUUUAAAAUUAAAAAAAAAACAAAAAACUCUUUUAGCAGAUACUUGAUUUAUGUGUUAGUAUGAAGCUGAUUGUUUAAAAGAGGAAGAAACUUGUAUAAUGAGUUAUUCUGAUAAUUUAGAAUAUUUUUAUAUACAUAUAUUACCUCUGCCGUUGGUAACAGGAGCAUGUUUCAAUGAUUAGAUAUUAGAUAUUUCUUAAGAUCCCAUCAUUUAAUGUGUCUCUGUCCCGACGACUGUAAAAUGAAAUCCUGGUAAGAAUUAAUGGGACAAAACCAAAUGCUCUCUCAUACAUUUUUGAGAAAUUUUUUUUUUUGUGGUGCUCUUCAGUCACACAGAGAGGUAAAUAGGACUAGCAGUGCUGUGAUACAUGUUCCGUUAUGGAAACAUUUCAAUUUUACAAUCUUACAUCAUUUAUAUUUUGUAAACUUUAUUCUUUUAGAUUAUUUUCUGUAAAUCCUUUGCUUUGCUCAAACAGAACGUCCAUUCUCUAGAAGUCUUUUUUGUAGGGUCAACGUUGCAUUUUGAAAAUUGAGUGUGUCAGUCUUUACUGCUGCAGAUCACUUCAGGCGUGUUGACAGAGCAAGAGGAGCAUGACUCAGGAAGUACCUGAGGGUCGAGCUGAGCAUGAGCUGAAGUGAAAUGUACAACAUUUUAUUUAUAGGUCUCUACGUAGCCUUACUCAACUGUCCGUUAUAGAACAGAGGUUUGCAUUGAAGAGUGGCGCAUAUGACGCAUAAAAUGUUGAACUGGAUCUUCAUUUUCACCACAUUUCAUUAGCUUGUUUUACAGUUGUGUAUCGCUAGAGACGCCUCAGGUGUUGUACGUUUAAACCUGUUUUGUCAAAAUAGCGUCCACGUGACGGCAUUAUGGGAUUUAAUGUGGUGUCUGAUGUGUCCGCGCUGUGUACGGUAAAAUCAACCUCUGCUCCGUUUCAGAGAUUAGAAAUCAUAACAACACACUGUAAUUUCUGAUCAUAUAAACAAAAUUUACGCUUCAAAAACCUUAUGAACGUACAGUUGAUGUUAUACAGCAACACAGUUUUGUGUUUCUGAAUAAAAAUGCUACUUGGAAAA